CUCACUCGGCUAUUUCAUUUCCUGCCUGUGAUGUUAUGGCGGAGAACACCGAGAACAACUCCAGAGCUGAAGAAUCUGAAGCAAAUGUAUAUCCUACUAUAGCACAGCUUCAAAGUCUCUUGGACAGCAGACGAACCUCUUCCACUCACCGUGUGGAUGAAGUGUGGCCAAACCUCUUCUUAGGAGAUUUAAACACUGCCAAUAACAGGUAUGAACUGUGGAAGCUAGGCAUCACUCAUGUGCUAAAUGCAGCUCAUGGACGAAGGUAUUCUGAAGGCAAUUCUGACUUUUAUGGGGCAAGCAUCAUAUAUCAUGGUGUGCCAGCUAAUGAUGUUCCCGAGUUUGAUAUGAGUAAAUAUUUCUAUUCGGCAUCAGAAUUCAUUCACAAAGCAUUGAGCACACCAGGAGCCAGGCUUCUGGUACAUUGUGUUGUUGGUAUCAGUAGAUCUGCAACUCUGGUUCUGGCUUACCUAAUGAUCCAUCAUCAUCUCUCCCUUGUUGAAGCCAUUCGCACAGUACAGGAGAACCGCUGGAUAUCCCCCAACAAAGGUUUUCUUCGGCAGCUUCUACACCUGGAUGAAGAACUCUGUCAGAUUAGACAAAACCAGAGUAGAUUAGAGACAAACCAGCAUGAAGAGGAGGGGAAGAAGUGAACAGAAGAGAGCAUAACCUACAUUUUUUAGCAUGAUUACAUUUAUUCUAUUCAAAUGCUGGACAGCUUUAGGGGCUUUUUUAUUAUUACAUUCUACUUUUUUGUGGAUAAAAAAUUAUUUUCCAAAUUAGUGCUUAUUAUUUUUGUGACCGUUGGUCUUCUACAAUUUUCAUUUUUCACUGCCUUUACAUACCGCUUUUUACUGAAAUCUAUAUUCAGUAUCCUGUCCUGCAUUUUUGCUGGAUCCGUC